ACUUUUUAAUGCUGAAAUAUUUUCCUCGGCAUUAAUUUCUAUUCGUUGGAUUCGAGUAUGAUGCAAAGUUCUUUCCAGCGCGAAAAUUGUCAUGGAUUUUUCUCGCUUACCUCUUGUCGUGUGUUGUAAAAGAAUUUGAUUAUUUUGAUGGUGAAGUUUUAUCAAAUUUUCGUGAGGAGAGUUGAUAUAACCAAAGCAAUUUUCAACAAGAUUCAAUUGCGAAAGAAAAGUUUGUUAAAAAACUAGUGUAUUGUACGGAACCGGUGUAUUUAUGCAUCUCGAAAAUGAACUUUUCAAAUAAUAUUCGUCUUCAGCUCGAUUGAUUUUUGCUAAAAUGCUAGUUAGUGGUGAUUGCUAUGAGAAAUCAACCAAACAAAUGCUUUUUUUUAGUUUGAAUUUUGAACACGAUACGGAUACUGUUGCUUGUUGUGUCCUUCAGGAGUUUUAUCUGUAACGAAAUCUUCAUGGUGGAAAAAGGGGAAGGAAACAAUGAGAGCACAUGCAAUUUUGUGUGGUGCCGUAUUGCAGCAAUGGUUUUCUCCAUCGUAUUAGUGGCAACCGUUUUUACAUUAGUUGCAUAUUUAAAUAAGGCAGCUCCAUCUCCGAAAAUCGACCCACCACAUAUAAUAUUUAUUUUGGCUGAUGAUUUGGGAUGGAAUGACGUGAGCUUUCAUGGCUCACCUCAAAUACCAACUCCAAAUAUCGACGCCCUUGCUGCUAGUGGAAUAGUGCUCAACAACUACUACACCCACCCACAAUGCACACCGUCUCGAGGUGCUUUGAUGUCUGGGAAGUAUGCUACUCGCCUAGGCUUGCACCAUGGGGAUUUAAGACCAGCAGAAGCAUCAGGACUACCUCUAGAUGUCACAAUACUUCCAGAACAUCUUCAGAAAUUAGGAUACAAAACGCAUAUGGUUGGAAAGUGGCAUCUUGGUUAUUAUAAAAGGAGUUUUCUUCCAACAAGACGAGGAUUUGAUUCUUUCUUUGGAUUUCUGAAUGAUAAUAUAGAUUACUAUGAUUACACAAGUUACUAUGUCGAUCAGACUUCUGCCAAAAAAAUUCUCGAAAAUGUAACAAUCGAAGGUGAAAUAGCGCCUGAUGCAGAAAUUAACACGAAGUUAAUGGGAAUCCCAGGAAAUAAGAAAGCUAUGUUUGGAAUCGAUUUGUGGGAGAAUGAAGAAGUUGUGCGCGACUUCCGAGGAGAAUAUGCAACAAACGUAUUCACAGAUAGAGCACUAAGCGUCCUCGAUGAACACAAUGCCUCAAAGCCUCUAUUUCUCUUCAUGUCACAUGCUGCUUGUCAUACCGGAAAUCCAUUCUAUCCUCUACAAACACCAGCGGAACUUUUCGAAAGAAACAAUCACAUUUCAGAUGAAAAAAGAAGACUGUUUGCUGGCAUGGUAACAGCGCUGGAUGAUUCAGUUGGAAAAAUCUUUCAAGCUCUGAAAGAGAAAGACAUGCUGAAAAAGUCAGUAAUUGUAAUCAGUUCAGAUAAUGGUGGAGUCGCCAAUUCAGGAACAGCUUCAAACUGGCCCCUUAGAGGAAUGAAAUAUUUCAUGUGGGAAGGUGGAGUACGGACAGUUGGUCUUGUAUGGAGCCCUCUUUUGGGUUUGACAAAGCCUAGGGUGUCAAUGCAGAUGAUGCAUAUUACAGAUUGGCUGCCGACAUUCUAUCAAGCUGCAGGUGGAGAUUUGAAAGACUUGGGAGAAAUAGAUGGGCUGAAUAUGUGGCCUGUCAUGAUGAGUGAAAAGAUGGACUCCCCGAGAGAGGAAGUACUUCUGAAUAUUGAUGCAAUAGAACAAACUGCUGGCUUUAGGAAAGGCGACAUGAAACUACUGGUUAGUCUUUCACCUGUAAAUGACAGUGACUGGUAUGGAGCAUCUGGUAUUGAAGAAAGCAAUGUCACGGGUUCAAUGGACGAUUGGGUGUGGAAAAACGGAAGUAUAGUCAAAGAUAUUUUGAUGGAAACAAAUCAGUGGCUACUUACAGAAAAUGAUACUUGGCGAAAUGAUGCUAUGAUAGUUUGUGGAGAAAACUUCCUUCCCGUAUCAGGAAAAUGUGAUUUUAGUGAAGGACCUUGUUUGUACAAUGUAACAGACGAUCCUUGCGAAUACAGAAAUAUUGCAAAAUUAAAUCCAGAAAUAGUCAACUCCAUAUUAGAACGACUGCGGGAUUUGAAUGAGACUACACUUCCAGCUCAAACUAAAGAUUUGGAUCCGCUAGGAGAUCCCAUUUGUCACAAUUUUGCUCAUGUACCUUGGAUGGAUGAAGAGGAAGAAGCAACAUGCGUAAUCUCUUUAUGAGGAUUAUAUAUAAAUGAAAAUAUUCAUUUAAAUUUGACACUGCCGAAUAAAUAAUGCC